AUGAUUGUCAAAAAAUUUCUUCAAUGUCUUCUGAUACUACUACUGAACUUCUGUAGCUUACAUGCCCAGAUUCUGCCAAAUAUAAGCUUAGGUUCUGGUAUUAUUGCUGGAACUAAUGGUUCUUGGCAAUCGCUCUCCGGCGAAUUUGUGUUCGGGUUUUAUCCUCUCGAAAACAAUCUUUACCUUAUGGGAAUUUGGCUUGACAAAAUCCCAGAAAAAACACUAGUCUGGUCAGCUAAUCGCAACUCUCCUGCAGAAACCGGAUCCAUUAUCCGCCUGACUUUUGCUGGUCAGCUUUUCCUGACAUUCUCUAAUGGCAGUGUUCAAACUGUAUAUAAUGAUGCAGCUGCAAGUUUAGGCUUUAUGCAAAACGAUGGAAACUUUGUUUUAAGAGAUGGCAGCUCAAGAGUCCUUUGGCAGAGCUUUGACUCACCAACAGAGACACUCUUACCAGGUCAGGUUUUGACUACCGGCAAAAAGCUCUUUUCCGAUGCAAAAGGCAUUAUCAAUUAUUCAACUGGAAAUUUCAUGCUAGAAAUGCAACAUGAUGGAAACUUGGUGCUCUUUGCAUAUCACUUCUCUGAUCCUGGUUAUUGGUAUACUGGAACGCUAGUGAGCAAUGCUAUCCAUGAACCUUGCCUCGUGAAUGCUGUAUGUGGUGUCAAUGGCAUGUGUACUUCUCCUGAUAAUAAAACAGUGGCUUGUAAUUGCAUACCAGGUUACAUUCCGUUCGAUCCUAAUGAUGUGUCAAAAGGGUGUCAUCCUUAA